UGUUCUGGGUAUGAGGCGGAGAGUAUCCCUGUGGCUGUGAGUGGGGUUGUGUGUUCUGGGAGUGACCGUAGGUGUGUGUUGGAAUGUAUCUGUGUGACUGUGAGUUGGGUUGUGUGUUCUGGGAGUGACAGUAGGUGUGUGUUUGAAUGUAUCUGUGUGACUGUGAGUUGGAUUGUGUGUUCUGGGUGUGAGGCGGAGUGUAUCCCUGUGGCUGUGAGUUGGGUUGUGUGUUCUGGGAGUGACCGUAGGUGUGUGUUUGAAUGUAUCUGUGUGACUGUGAGUUGGGGUGUGUGUUCUGGGAGUGACAGUAGGUGUGUGUUUGAAUGUAUCGGUGUGGCUGUGAGUUGGGUUGUGUGUUCUGGGAGUGACAGUAGGUGUGUGCUUGAAUAUAUCUGUGUGACUGUGCGUUUGAGUGUAUCACUGUGAGUUUAUGUUGCUGAGUUUGGUGUAUUUUGGUUGUGUUAGUGGGGGUGAGUUUGAAUGUAUCUGUGUGCCUGAGUUGGUGAGUCGAGUUGUGUAUUCUGGGUGUGAUAGUGGGUGUAAGUUUGAAUGCAUCUCUGUGACUGUGAGAAGGUGAGUCUUGUUGUGUGUUUUUGGGUGUGAGUUGGAGUGUAUAUGACUGAGUUUGUGCAUUGCUGAGUCGAGUUGUGUAUUCUGGGUGUGUUAGUGAGUGUGAAUGUAUCUGUGUGAUUGUGAGUUGGGUUGUGUGCUUUGGGUGUGAUAGUGGGUGUGAAUUUGAGUGUAUCUCUGUGACAGAUGGUGAGUCUGGUUGUGUGUUUUGGGUGUGAGUUUGAAAUGUAUGAGUGUGAGCUGGUAUGUUUGUGAGUCUGAUUUCUGGGUGUGGUGUAAUGGCACAUUAGUGUCCUCGGGUAGGCUUGUGGGUGUCAGAUGGGUUGUCUUUAUGAGUCUGUGUUUCGAGUGUGCCUGGGUGCUAGUGUGUUUGUGUAGCCUUCAAGGUGUGAGAAAUGUGUUUGGAAGCCUGUGUGAUUAUGAGGUAUUGUGAGUCCGAUUGUGGAGGGGCAGCUGGUGUGGGUGUGAUGGGGAGCGGGUGAGGCUGUAAGCACAGCCGCGGCGAGGGUUGCUGUUUGUGCCGCAGAUGUGACCACUCCUCUAGGACUGUUGGCGUGAACGUGACUGUGGGCUGGUGUCGGCUUGAGUGUGAAUGUGAGUGCUGGUGUACGAAACACCUCCUGUCACCCGGGCCUUGUGCACAGCCCCCCUCGGCUCCAUCCCACCCCGCCUGUUGCUGUGUGUCAGUCAGAACUGCUUCCCACCCUCUCGUUCAACGGGUUCCUUGUAUCAACCCCUCUCAUCUAUUGCGUGAAGCAGAAUGGCGCCCCCUGUCACCAGCACUGGGGUUCGCGUGGAGGCUGAGAGCGCCCCCUACUGAGCUGUCACCCUGCUCCCUUCAGCACAGCGCCCCCUAGUGCCACCCUGGGGUAGCAGGCUCAGCACUGAUUCAGAAGGGAGAGCGCCCCCUACUGAACCCCCCUCACCGCUCUCUUUAGUGCAAGGUUCCCUGUCCAAGGUCUGACCCAGCCCGACCUUGCUUGGGGGAGCAGAUCACGGCCUUAUAAGGGGUUUUUUCCUUUAUAAAAGACUCUGGAAGUAGGAGCCGAGCAAGGAUUGAAGCAGGAACAACGGUACGCGCCAGAUGGCUGGUGGCAGCUGGGGAUGGAAGGAGUGAGUUGACUUUUCCAGCGAGUUUCUUGGACAGGUGCUUUGCUGGGGAACUCUGAGCUGGGUGACUGGGCAGGAAAUGACCUGGCAUUGAGAUUGGAUUAACAUCAGCUCCAAACCCACGACCACAAAUGUGGUGACUUGCUCACGCUGGUAGGUGCUUUUAAAAGGGGCCGGUCUCCUCUGCCAGCACUUCUCCUGCUCACCACAGCAGCUCUCUCCGAUGCCCCUGGAGGGAAGGGGCACCCUGCCCUUGCAGCUCCUCCCUGGCGUGCGGGAGGGGGAAGCUCCCAGGCCUGCUCCACCCCAGCCCCCACAUGGGCUCCCUUGCUCUGUGGUUUGGUGUUGUCAGUUGCAAAAGAGGAAGCUGUCGCUCUCAGGCAUCGGUUUCCCAGACACGAGGAGGAGGCGGAGGCAGCAGAAGCAGUCAGCAGCCGGCCAGCGAGGACGCCCAGUUGGGGAGAUGGAGCUGUGGAAGCAAUGCGCCAACUGGCUGAUUCAGUGCCGGGUGCUGCCCCCCAACCACCGGGUGACCUGGCCCAGCGCCCAGGUGUGCGAACUGGCUCAGGCCCUGCGCGACGGCGUCCUGCUCUGCCAGCUGCUCAACAACCUAAUGCCCCAUGCCGUCAACCUGCGGGAGAUCAACUUGCGGCCCCAGAUGUCCCAGUUCCUGUGUCUCAAGAACAUCCGCACCUUCCUCUCCACCUGCUGCGAUAAGUUCGGCCUGCGCAAGAACGAACUCUUUGAAGUCUUCGAUCUCUUCGACGUGCGGGAUUUCGGGAAGGUGAUCGAGACCUUGUCGAUCCUCUCAUGGACUCAGGUAGCUCAAGCCAAAGGGAUCAUGCCCUUCCCCACCGAGGACAGCGUCGCGGACAACGACGUUUAUGGUGACCUUUCGGAUCAGAUUGAUGACACGGUGGAGGAAGAUGACGACCUGUACGACUGCGUGGAGAAUGAGGAGGCGGAAGGAGAUGAAAUCUACGAAGACCUGAUGAGGUCGGAGCCGGUUGUCAUGCCACAGAAGAUGACCGAGCUGGAUAAGCGGAACUGCUGCCUUCAAGAAAUCAGACAGACGGAGGAGAAAUACACAGACACACUAGAAUCCAUCUACCAGCACUUUAUGAAGCCCCUGCAGAGAUUUCUAAAACCCGAGGACAUGGAGAACAUUUUCAUCAACAUCGAGGACCUUGUGAAGGUGCAUCGAUUCUUCUUGGAUGACUUGAAGAAUGUCCUGUCCUUCAGCAACGCCCAGAACCUCUACCAGGUCUUUAUCAAGUACAAGGAAAGGUUCCUGCUCUACGGCAGAUACUGCAGUCAGGUGGAAGCCGCCAGCCGGUGUCUGGACCAAGUGGCUGGUGCCAGCAUGGACGUGAGGAUGAAGCUGGAGGAAUGCUCCCAGCGAGCCAACAAUGGGCGCUUCACCCUGCGUGACCUGCUGAUGGUGCCCAUGCAACGGGUGCUGAAAUACCAUCUGCUCCUACAGGAGCUUGUGAAACAUACGGUGGAGCCAACAGAAAAGGAGAACUUGCGGCUGGCGCUGGAUGCCAUGCGGGACCUGGCACAGUGCGUGAACGAGAUCAAGAGAGACAACGAGACCCUGAAACAGAUCACCAACUUCCAGCUCUCCAUAGAGAAACUGUCACAGUCCCUGGCUCAGUACGGGAGGCCGAAGAUUGACGGGGAGCUAAAGGUCACCAGCUCUGAGAAACGCUCCAAGACGGACAGGUACGCCUUCCUCCUGGACCAAGCCCUGCUCAUUUGCAAGCGGAAAGGGGACUCCUACGAGAUGAGGGAUUUCAUCGACCUCCAUACUUACCAGAUCCGGGACGACCCCUUGGGAGAAAAGGACAAUAAGAAGUGGACUCACAUGUUCCACCUGAUCUGUAGUUAUGGGACCCAGGGCUACGAGCUCUUCUUCAAGACGCGAGAGCUGAAGAAGAAGUGGAUGGAGCAGUUUGAAAUGUCCAUCUCCAAUAUCUACCCCGAAAACGCCACGUCCAAUGGCCACGACUUCCACAUGCACUCCUUCGAGGAGAAUGCGUCCUGCAAAUCCUGCCAGAUGCUGCUCAGGGGCACGUUCUACCAGGGCUAUCGCUGCAGCCGAUGCAAAGCCCCAGCUCACAAGGAGUGUCUGGGCCGGGUAUCCCCCUGCGGGAAGUCGAGCUCAGAUUAUGGGUCUACGCUGAAAAAGAAUAAAUCCAACCGACACACGCAGGAGAGAAAGAAGAACGAACUCGGGCUGCCCAAAAUGGAGGUUUGCCAGGAGUAUUACGGGCUGCCCCCGCCACCCGUGGCAUUUGGCCCAUCGCUGCGACUCAACAUGGGGGACAUUGUGGAGCUGACCAAAGCCGAGGUGGAGCAGCUCUGGUGGGAGGGCAGAAACACAUCCACGAAUGAGAUCGGCUGGUUCCCAUGCCAAAAAGUCAAACCGUAUGUGUGUAAUCCUCCCCCGGAUUUUUCUGUUUAUCUUUGGUACGCGGGACCUAUGGAGAGAGCAGAGGCGGAGCAAAUCCUCACGAACCGUUCAGACGGCACGUUCCUGGUGCGGCAGAGGGUCAAGGACGCAGCCGAGUUUGCCAUCAGCAUCAAGUUUAAUGUAGAAAUCAAACACAUCAAGAUCCUGACGUCGGAGGGGCUGUACCGCAUCACGGAGAAGAAGGCGUUCAAAGGACUCAUAGAGCUGGUGGAGUUUUACCAGCACAACUCCCUGAAAGACUGCUUCAAAACCCUGGACACCACGCUGCAGUUCCCGUUCAAGGAGCCCGAGCGGAGGGGCAUCUCCAGACCUCCCGCAGGAGGACUGAAGUACUUUGGGUCGGCGAAGGCUCGCUACGAUUUCUGCGCGCGGGACCGGACGGAGCUGACGCUCAAGGAGGGCGACAUCAUAAAGAUUCUGAGCAAGAAAGGGCAGCAGGGCUGGUGGAAAGGGGAGAUCUACGGCCGGGUUGGCUGGUUCCCAGCGAAUUAUGUAGAGGAAGAUUAUUCGGAAUAUUGCUGAGGUCUGGAGCCCUGUGUAAUUUCCCCCCCCCCCACCGAGAUCAUGACCCACAGGAUUCCCGACGCUGCCCGGCACUCACACCCUGAGCUUGCGCGGCGCCAGGCCCGGAAGGGGUCUCUGUAGCAGGAAGAAAUGUGUUGGAGGAAGUGCGGCGGGGAGUAGCACCCCGGGACUAUUAAUUUAUGAACUUUCGGAUCCCUCUUCUCUUUCCCUUCUCUCACGCAUGUAAAGGAAGUUUUGUGUUGAAUAAACUGGAUGGGUGGACAGGCUGGGGAUGUAUCGGCUGUCACCCU